CCGACCCAAACCUUGUCCCCAAAUGGCGAGAACAACAACGACAUCAUCCAGGAUAACGGGACUAUCAUUCCUUUCCGGAAGCACACAGUGCGUGGGGAGCAGUCCUACAACUGGGGAAUGACGGUCAAUGUAUAUUCUACCUCGAUAACCCAGGAGACUAGGAGCAAGCAUGACAUCAUUGCAUGGGUUAAUGACAUAGUGUCUCUAAACUACACAAAGGUGGAACAGCUCUGCUCAGGAGCGGCCUAUUGCCAGUUCAUGGACAUGCUCUUCCCAGGCUGUAUUAGUUUGAAGAAAGUAAAAUUCCAAGCAAAGUUGGAGCAUGAGUAUAUUUACAACUUUAAAUUUCUUCAAGCGUCCUUUAAACGGAUGAAUGUUGAUAAGGUAAUCCCAGUGGAGAAGCUGGUGAAGGGGCGUUUCCAAGACAAGCUGGAGUUUAUUCAGUGGUUUAAGAAAUUCUACGAUGCUAACUAUGAUGGGAAGGAAUACGAUCCUGUCGAAGCCCGACAAGGACAAGAUUCAAUUCCUCCCCCUGACCCUGGUGAACAGAUCUUCAACCUGCCCAAGAAGUCUCACCAUGCAAACUCGCCCACAGCAGGCGCAGCUAAGUCAAGUCCUGCAGCUAAGCCAGGAUCCACACCUUCUCGCCCCUCGUCCGCCAAAAGGGCUUCAUCCAGCGGCUCAGCAUCCAGAUCUGACAAAGAUUUAGAAACACAAGUCAUACAGCUCAACGAGGAUGUCCAUUCACUGAAGCUUGCCCUGGAGGGUGUGGAGAAGAAGAGGGAUUUCUACUUCGGGAAGCUGAGAAAAAUUGAGCUGCUGUGCCAAGAACACGAGCAGGAAAACGACGACCUUGUACAGCAACUCUUGGAGGUGCUCUACGCUUCUGACGAGCAGGAGGGCCAAACAGAAGAGCCUGAAGUGGAGGAGCAAGCCCAUGAACAGCAGCCCCAGCAGCAAGAAGAGUACUGAACCGUCUCAUCAGCUCAUGACACUUCCAUCGUGC